AUGGAUACCUUGGAGGGAGGAGAACUCUGCUUUCCACAGUUCCUCAACACUUCGUGCAAGAAACCGAAGCGUGCUCACUUUGAGGCUGUGCUGAUUUCCAUUGUGCUGUCUUUCAUCUCUCUGCUCACUGCAGCUCUCAACCUGCUGGUCAUCAUCUCCAUCUCCCACUUCAAGCAGCUCCACACCCCCACCAACCUCCUCCUCCUCUCUCUGGCUGUCUCAGAUUUCUUCGUGGGCCUCCUCGUGUUCUUUGAAAAUGUGGUCAUUAACGGCUGCUGGUUCCUCGGUGACCUCGUGUGUGUUCUGUAUCAGUAUCUAGCAUACAUUAUUACCUCUGUCUCAGUAGGAAACAUGGUGAUGAUAUCUGUUGACCGAUAUGUGGCAAUUUGUUUUCCUCUGCAUUACUCAGUCAAAAUCACAUGGAAAAGAGUUCAGAUCUGUGUUUGUCUGUGUUGGAUAUGUUCUAUGGCCUUUCAAAGUCUCAAUCUGAAGGAUAACCUGAAACAACCAGGCAGGUAUAAGUCCUGCUUUGGGGAGUGUGUCAUUGUCAUUAACUACAUCGCUGGACUUGUGGAUCUUGUUUUGACCUUCAUUGUUCCCAUAACUGUUAUUGUUGUUCUGUAUGUGAGAGUAUUUGUGGUGGCUGUGUCUCAGGCUCGUGCCGUGCGCUCGCAAAUCGCAGCUGUCACACUCCGGUGUUCAGUGAGUGUGAAUGUUAAGAAGUCUGAGAUGAAAGCAGCCAGGACUCUUGGUGUUGUUGUAGUUGUCUUUCUAGUAUGCCUCUGUCCAUAUUUCGGUGUCUGUCUCACAAACGAUGAAACCUUGCUCAAUGCUUCAUCUGCUAACUUUGUCGUCUGUUUGUUUUAUUUUAACUCCUGUCUGAACCCUGUCAUUUAUGCCUUUUUUUACCCCUGGUUUAGAAAAUCUGUUAAACUUAUUGUUACACUGAGGAUACUACAGCCAGAUUCCUGUGGGGUCAACAUACUGUAG